AUGGCGGCAAAACGACAAGCGCCUGGAGAUCCCAUGGCCACACACUCAGUUAUGCAGCCACCGCCUCAAGCGAUGCCGACGUCAGUUGACCCAGCAAACCCAGCGACUCCCGGAGCCCCUAGCGCUCCUGAAGCCCCUAUCAGCCAACCGCCUAAUAUCAUCAACCCAUUGAGUAGUACAUUGACUAUACCGGCACAAGCAGCCCCUACCUCUCAACCUAUACCUGGGGUCGGAAUGACCAGCGUUGUGUCAGAAAUUUCACCCCCGUCUGGGACCAAACAUCCAAAAGCUACAGCAAAAUACCCUCCUACCACAACGCCCUACAGCCAGCCUACGGAGGGUCCUCAACCUAGCCAUUCUUCUUUACCCGUAAACCCCCAUGCUAGCGGCUUCAGCACUGGGCUACUGGCUGGCGCAAUCGCUGGCUCUGUUGUUUGCAGUGUACUUCUUACGUUCGUGGCCACCUACUUCUUUUUUAGCCGCCGGAGAUCCAGGGGAGGAAACAAUCCUUCAGAUAGACAGACGAGAGAGCCAUUAGGGGACAAGGACUACGAUGUUGAAACAGCCAGUUCUAGGCGCCCUCUGAAUAACACACUUCCAUAUUCCAGCGAUACAGAUAAAAAAAGUACAGUUUACCCGCACGCUCCACAAGCGGAACAGAGUGGUUUAGAGGACUAUAUCCCUAGCCCGGCGGAUGAUAAGACAGUCCAAAGCCGUGUCUUGACUGUCUUUGAUCAUCUUGCUCUCCACGUUGAGAAUUACUAUACUUGCAGCUCACCUUUGCCUUCGGAAUCUGGUCACUCAACUCAGCAUGUAGCUAUGCUCAACAGCUAUAAUUCACCAUUCCUUCCAGCACCGGUUGCUUCUCUACUAUCCCAACCCAAUGACCGGGAACCCAUCAUAAAGCACUGCCUGGUUCAGUCUCUCAUGCCGGCUACCUUCCAUGCAGCUCCAGCUAGCUCUCGAUCCGAAGCAAGUUCGUUUCUUCCGCCUCUGUUUACCGCAUCCAAAGAUUUCCAGGAUAUGCAACCACAUCGAGAUCAAGAAGCACACAAGGUCCACUUCUACUGGAGAAUGUUAACAGCACACUGGUACCGGGGUGCGCCAGAUACACAAAAGCAAGCAUAUCUUUCUACGAGGGCAGAGAACAUUUCAAAAGUCGUCGACGCUUUCACAUCUGCAUUUCGACCAUACGCAAACCCUCACCACCCAGAGCCUGAAAGAAUACGUCAUCUGACCAAAGUAAUGGAAGAUGCCGCAGACCUGGGUAUCUGGCUCUUUGAACAGCCGUGUGAAUUUGAGUUCGCUUGGGGAAAUGUGACUGCUGGGCAGGUGGUUGUAUCUCCUGCAGUAGUGAAAGUGACGGAUGAACAGGGGACGCUGCUACCAGUUACAAAAACUGUAGUUAAAGCUGAUAUUGCACGCUGUAUAUAA